GGUUACAGAGAAUGUGAAACAAUUGGAAAAUUCAAUCUAAAUGCUGCUAAACGACAGGCGACGUCCGUGUUCGCCAACAGUGGUCGCCUUAAUUGGUUUAUGUUUUUUCAUGUCCAUUUGGCAUUUGAGUACAUUUCCAAAUGAAGUGUCUCCAACAACUACAAACACAGCUUUACUAUCAUCAAUUCCAUCAUCUCAAAUAGCUUCAAUAACAUCAUCACAAGAACCGCCAGCAUACGAAGCAUUAACUAAAGAACAAGCACAACAAAAACAGUUCGAUGUACAACAAUUACCAAUGUGGGAUUACACAACGUUAAUCAAUUUAGAUGAGUUUGUAUUCGAUAUCAUCAAUUUACCAUGUAACGAUACAGAUAAACCACCGCUAUUAUUAAUAUUAGUACAUUCGGCGCCAUUAAAUUUUGAAAAACGUCAAACAAUACGUCAUACAUGGGGACAACCACAUAAAUUACUGCGUUUACUAUUUAUAUUGGGACGUGUUGAAAAUUCAAAAACACAAAAGCAAAUUGAAAAUGAAAAUCAAAAAUACAAUGAUAUAAUUCAAGGUAGUUUUAUGGAUUCAUAUCGUAAUAUGACCUACAAAUACGUGAGUGCGUUAAAAUAUUCUAUAUAUCAUUGUCCAGACGCCAGAUAUGUUUUAAAAACCGACGAUGAUGUGUUCGUGAAUAUGCCAUUUAUGAUUAAUUUUCUAUCGUAUACAAUAUCAUCGUAUGGAGCGAAAAAAUUAAUAUAUUGUACACCAUACGAUAAUGCAACACCAAAACGAUCGUAUCGUAGUAAAUGGCGUGUAUCGUUUCGUGAAUAUCGUGGACACAGUUAUCCGAAAUAUUGUCCUGGAUGGGCAGUGUUACAUUCACCCGAUGUUAUAUUUAAGUUAUAUGAGGAAGCUCAACGUGCUGAAUAUUUUUGGAUUGAUGAUGUACAUAUUACUGGCACAUUAGUACAACGUGCAAAUUUAACACACACCAGCUCAACAUUAACAUUAUCGAAUACGGAUACGUACGAUUUAUUAGUGAAACAAUCAAACAAAGAUAUGGAUUUACAUAAUAAUCCAAUAUUACAUUUUCUGUUUGCAAAACCGAAUUUAUCACAAAAUGAAAUUGAAAAAUUAUGGUCAAUUGUUCAAAAUGUUGUGAACAGUAAUAAUAAUACUUUGACUACAUCAACGACAGAUUUUAUUGUUACGUGA